GAUCAUUUAGGUUAUGUCCAAAAUAACCUAUGGUUUGAUUUUGACCGGACUGAAAAAUUAACUCUUGUCACUCACCGUAACAAAACCUAAUAUGGUGAAAACAUGUCGGUUGAAAAUUGCUGGAUAUCCAACUAUUUGAUUUUCCCGCCAUUCCAAAGACCCUCUGUGUCAGACGAAUCAAAACAAAGAUGGCGGCCUGGCCAGGACAAGUCGUGGCACAGCAGUCAUUCAUCCACUGAUUCUUCUCAGUACUGUUACAGAACAGAGCAGACGACAAUGUCGGGGUUCGACAGAGUAAAGCAGACACUGAAGGACGUCUUCAAACACGACGAGUUCCGAUCCGAAGCCCAGGAAAAUGCAACGAGGGCUGUUGUUCGAGCUCGCACCUGUAGUGGGAGGAAGGAUGUGUACAUCUCCAUGCCGACAGGAGCGGGGAAGUCCCUGUGUUACCAGCUGCCAGCCGUCAUGGCUCCUGGCAUCACCAUGGUCGUGUCUCCUCUCAUAGCACUCAUGCAGGACCAGUUAGAACACCUACGCAAGCUGAACAUCUGUGCAGAGUCUCUCAACUCCAAACUGAGCGCAAAGGAUCGCAAGAGAGUCCUCGCCGACCUCCGCAGCUCCAAACCCAAGACCAAACUCCUGUACAUCACCCCUGAACUGGCCGCUACACCGGGGUUUCAACAGCUCCUGGAAACCCUCAAGUCCAGGAAGUUGCUGGCUCAUCUAGCGGUGGACGAAGCUCACUGUGUGUCUCAGUGGGGCCACGAUUUCCGCCCGGACUACCUGAAACUGGGCAGCCUGAGGGAGAAGCUAGAAGACAUCCCCUGUAUCGCUCUCACAGCCACGGCCACUUCAGCUGUACAGAAGGACAUCAUAAACAGCUUACAUCUGCAGGAGCCUGUACAGAAGUUCAAGACUAGUGUGUUCAGGCCAAACUUGUUCUAUGAUGUGAAGUAUAAGGAAGUGUUGGAUGACCCUUAUGAAGAUUUGAAAGACUUUGCUGUGAAAGCUCUGGGAGAAGAAGGAGUGGAACCGGUCAAGGGACCACACAAGGGGUGCGGAAUCGUGUACUGCCGUACCAGGGACGGCUGUACAGAGGUAGCGGCCAGACUGACUAAGAAGGGUCUCCUGUCCAAGGCUUACCACGCCGGGCUGAAGGACAGUACCAGGGAGGAGGUACAGAUGGACUGGAUGGAGGGCAAGGUUCCUGUCAUCGUCGCUACCAUCAGUUUUGGCAUGGGAGUGGACAAGGCAACUGUAAGGUUUGUUGCCCACUGGAACAUCCCAAAGUCCAUGGCAGGGUACUACCAGGAGUCUGGGCGAGCAGGCAGGGACGGGAAACAGGCCUUCUGUAGACUGUACUACUCCAGACAUGAGAGGGACCAGGUCUGCUUCCUCAUUAAACAGGACAUCUCCAGGCCGAACAAGGCCAAUGGACCCAAAGGAGUGAUGGGUCCUAAUGCCAAGUCUGCAAUGGCCAGCUUUGAAACCCUUGUCAAGUACUGUGAGGAGCCCAAGUGUCGUCAUGGAAUGAUAGCGACAUUCUUUGGUGACAGCAAACCUAAGUGUGAGAAAGGCUGUGACUUCUGUAAAAAUCCAAAAAAGGUGUAUAGGGAGUUAGAGCAGCACCAGCUGAACCCUGUAAGUGCCAACAGGAGAGGAGGGUCCGGAUCUACCUUCAUCUCUGAGGAGGGGGGUGACGAGGAUCUGUAUGGGGGAGGCCGGCGGGGGGCUAAAAGAGAUACUGAUGACUACUUUAAUGAUGGUGAUGACAGUGACAAAGGAGACAGGGAAGACUCAUCAGGGUUUGCCAGGCUGGUUAAGGAAGAGUUCAUGAAGAGGAGAGGGGGGAAAGGUUCCAACACCCCCACCCAGGAGGAGUUUGUCCCCCCAGACCCUGACUGUCCCCUCAGGGAGGCAGGCAGCCAGAGGAUCCCCAAACUCACAAUCAAGGCCAGAGAACACUGCCUGAAGCUCCUGGAAGAUGCACUCAGGGAAAACUUUCUCCAGUACUUCAGAGACAACCCUGCCAAACAGGCUGCAAGUGAAUGGGAGCCGCAGUGUUGUGCAAUAGAUGUGGAACAUGAGGUCUUCAGAGCCAGCCGGGUGGCUUCAACCUACAGGAUGGGUGCUCUUAAAAAGGUAACUGAGAUCAAGAACACAACCAAGAAGGGAGACAUACACAGUGCUUUGGUACCCAACAGUUCACAUACAGCCAGCAAAACUGCUGUUAAAGAAGAAGCAAACCAACAAGAGGAGGGCAACAAGAACAGCUCAACUUCUGACCUCUCACCAGAGCAGACUUCUGUAUCACAAAGUGUAAAGGAGGAAAAGAAGACAUCUUACAGCUGCAGCUUCCAAACUGCCUCAAGUCUGCUAAGAUCUCGCUUCAACUCUGAAGACAUGGUCAAUAUCAAGACAGAGUCUAAGCCGAUGGCUCCUUCAAGUAGCAAAGUUUACCAAUCUUCAUCAAGUCUACUAGAAUCAUCACAAGAUUCAAUGUAUUCUUUAAGACAUUCAAACAGCCUAGGUUUUCAGACUGCAUCAGACUUGAUUAAAAGUAAAACAACAGAUUCUAACAUUUCCACAACAGGUUUUACCACAGCUAGUAACCUUCUAGAAAAGGAACGGCAAAAAUCAGCUGCUGAGUCUCUCGCAGGGGGAUUUCAGUCAGCUUCGACACUCCUUAGAAGUCAGUACUCCGUUCCUUCAAGUGAUGAAAGCAGUAAUAAGAGAACCUUAAAGAGGACAAGAUCCAAGAGUUCUUCUAAAGCUCUGACAAGUGGAAACUCAGGAAUGAAGCAAGCUCCUAUUGUCCAGUACUUCUUUGAGACACAUAGGUCAGAAGAUCCAAGACAAAAGAGAGGCUUGUUGACCCAGGAGGAGACUGCACUGGCAAAGAAGCAGCGCAAACAAGUGGCAGCCCUGAGUACUUCUAUAUUAGAUAGAAAUCCAGUACAAACCAUCAAAACACCAACCAAAACAAACAUCAGCCAGAAUUCUGCCAAUGGCCGACCAACCAGGAACAACAGACUAUCACACUUGCAAAAUGCAGGAAAAGAGAAAUCGGCCCCAAAUGACAAUAGUUUGGACAAAUCUGCAGUAAGUAAUGGGAAAGCUCUAUCAGGCACACCAGACCUGAACGAUGAGCUGAAGAAUGCUGCUGAUAUAGUGGUGAGGUACCUCACACCCUACUACAAGGAUGGGAGAUUUGCAUCAAAGGUGUGUACCUAAAGGGUCCAUGCUAUGUCCACAUCUAUAUGUUGAUAUUAAAUAUAUGCAAGAAAAUGUCUGUACAAACUACAAUGUAAAAUGUCUGUACAAGACUGACUGGCAUGUAGCAGGUGCAUGUUGUGCUUUGUAGUAUCAAAAAGUUUAUGAAUUUUUAAGUGGUAACAAUGACUGUUUGAAUAUGAUGAUGAUAUUAGCAUUCACUUUUUUUCAGAGUUUCAUCAUUGUUAUUCAAGAUCUGUAGUAUUAUUGUUAGACAGUGUGUUGUUAUUUUUGUGUGAAAGCUUUUAACUAAUUGUAAUUUGCAUGUUGUAAGUUACUUGUUAUUUGACUAUUCAACCUUCCCUCUAGGACCUGUUAAGGCAUUGCCCGUGUGCUGUCACACAAGUUAAAGGACGACCCCAGAGUCAACACAGACAAUGUUAAAGAGAGAGCGAAAGGUGCCAUCCGACAGUUCUUCAAGUGUCACCCUAGCUGUUCUAGUGAGACAGAUCUGAAGGGCCUGGUGUGAUGCAGGGUUUGUACAUACCUUUCAGGGCAGGAAACACCACCUACAUGUAUUGGGUAGUGCAGGUAAACUGGAGCUGUGCAGGUACUAUAAUCUACCUACAGCUAACCUGUACUUGCUUAUGAUAAAACCAGUCUUUUGUAUUACGGUGACAGUAGUGGUUUCAAAAUGCUGCUCUCAAAUGCUUAAUGCAUAGUCUUCAUAGUAGCAUUCUUUACUGCAGAAGAUUCCAACAGUUACAAUGCAAGAUACAAAAUGGGACUGCUAGGAACAUCUCAAAACCAUGUUUUAGACCAGGGAACAUAGAAUACAUGAAAGUGGUGGAAGUUAUUUUACAUGUUGCCUGCACCAGUUGAGACAUGCUUACAAGAGGAUUUUGAGCCCUGUACAUUGUAUUAAGCAGGUCAACACUAGCACAUUCUGGCUCCAGUUUUUCAAUGCCUUGGUUGUAUUUAUGAUAAGAGUGCAAUCUGUCUAUAGCAAGAUUUGAACUGCUUGAAUGUAUCUCAUCUCCAAGCUUCUACAUGUGCCAUGAAUAAUCUGAAGAUAACUUUUGUUGCAAAAUAGAUACUAGAUACUACAUCACAUGUUGACUCGAGUUUAUUUGAACCCAUUAUAUACAGAAAAGAUAUACAUAUAUGCUUGGAUUUGUUGCAUGAGAAAAUGCCACGUUAAUGCAAGUGAUCACUUAGAAAUGCAUGUAAUCAUUCAAAGUGUUUGUGAUCUAGGAUGGUAUGGUUUUGUUUGCCAUUUCAGUUUUGAAUCUAUGCAUGUGCCAAAUGCCUUUAAGUGAGUUUAACACAAUUUUCCUGGUCUACAAAGUGACUCAUCUCACUCUGUAUAAAGAUGUUAACUGCAGGUUUAUUGGAAGAUGUAGCCAUUGUUUGUGUGGUCUACAGUAUGAAGGAAAUACAUUGAGUUCCUAUUAUUUGUAGACUGUAUCUUCUACUAAUGUACAUUGUAUAUGCUGUAAUGGCUAAUGCACUGUACAUCUCUAAGAAAAUUUCUUCAUGCUGCUAUUAGGGCUGACCCACAUAGACCAACUGUUGCACCAUAUAGUGAGCUUAUUUUAUACUUUAACACAUUAAUUUUGUUUCCUCAACUGUCAUGGACCAAACAGGAGCAUCUAGCAAGUAGCUAACUUAUUCUCAAAAAUGAUAUGAAAGAAGACAUUGACUGUUAUUCCCCCUUGUACAAAACAGUCCACACAAAUUGCUUUUAGCUUAUUCUGAAAUGCUGGUGACCAUCAGUUGCCAUCCAAUGUGAAGGAACGUACAUGAUACAGUGUUACAACUUGAUGGUUCAGAACCAAAUAACGUUUGAACUAUGGAAUGUGUAUAAUGUAUAUGCUUCUAUUGCUGCUAUAUACCUGUGUAUGUGACAUCAUCUGCAAAUAUGUGUAAUAUUACAGUAAAUGAGCUAUCAGGAAAGCAAUACCGGAGAGAUGUUACAGAUGUGUAGAGGAUAUUUUCCUAUAUUAUAGCAAAGGAUUACUUAUUGACAAGGAAUGUGCCUAAAGUUGAAAUGUUACCAGACAUGAGGUCAGUUUCAGCUUUUAUAUGCUAUUAUAUGGACACACAAGUUACAUUGUAGAUUAAAUACUACCGCUGCCUUUACAUCUUACACACUACUUGAAUGGUUCUGCUUGAAAACCGUCUAAAAUAGCCCCUCUGUGACAAUGUCUUUGUCCUGGCCAUGGUAACAAGCUGUCACAAAUUAGCACGUGGGAAUAUUAGCUGCUUUGGGUUUAUAAAACCAAUGCCAACUGUAUUCUGCAACAGUCGAAAUGGCAGCAAAACUGGAUUUUUUUGUUCAUUAUCACAUUGACUUCAGGUGGGAAGUCACAUGAAUGCCUGCAUGUUUACAAGAAGAGGUGUUUACAGACUGUGACGUAUGAAAGUUUGGGUAUCCAAUGUGCAACAGGAAGUCCAAAUAACAACUUACAAAGAAACAAAACAAUGCUCAGUUCAGACAAAUAAAGAUCGUGGAAAAUUUG